CGCCAUUUUCCAUCGACGACCGAGAGGAACAAACCGGCCGGAGAGGAAAAUAUAAACUGUGAACUGCAACAAACACGAUCCAGUCAUGCACCGUGACUGUCCUCUUGACUGCAAGGUCUACGUUGGAAACUUGGGCAACAAUGGAAACAAGACAGAGUUAGAGAGGUCAUUUGGCUACUAUGGUCCUCUUCGCAGUGUCUGGGUGGCUAGGAACCCCCCAGGUUUCGCUUUUGUAGAAUUUGAAGAUCCCAGAGAUGCAACUGAUGCUGUGCGGGAACUUGAUGGAAGGACAUUGUGUGGUUGCCGGGUACGGGUAGAGCUAUCCAAUGGAGAGAAGCGCAGCCGUACCCGUGGCGCUCCCCCUUCAUGGAGCAGGCGUCCUCGAGACCGAGACGACUACAGGAGUCGGCGCAGUCCACCAGCCAGGCGAAGAUCCCCACGUAGGAGGAGCUUCAGCCGCAGUCGAAGCAGGUCUUUCUCCAGAGAUAGGAGGAGGGAGAGGUCCCUCUCACGGGACAGGAACCACAAACCUUCGAGAUCUUUCUCUCGAUCAAGGAGCCGCUCCAGGUCUAAUGACAGAAAAUAGAGGAAUGUCUGUCAGACAUAAAGGGAGUUGAAGAAAACGGUUGUACAGGCUUUGCCGUUUUAUUUGAUGGACAUCUACAUGACCAUCAGGUCCUUUUUGUUUUGGGAUUUUUUUU